AAGAAAUCCGGUUGGAAUCUCAUCAUUUCAUAGCAGACUUUCAUGCAACCAUAUAAACCAAAACAAGAACUCAGACUAAACCAUCCAAUUUCCUCUAACAAAAUCAGAAGCAGCCAAAUUUUGAUGAUAAGCACCUUGUUUUGAACGCCCCCAAAGAACAACCACCUGAAGUUCCUCUCUCUAAACAUGCCCUCCUCGUUUUGCCACCUCCCUUAAACCACCCCUAUUCCAUGCCUUAUAUUGUCUCUUAGCCUACCUGAAAAACAUGUCCUCUUCUUCCCAUGAAAUUGUCCUCACCAGCUCCCCAGACGGCCCGAUUAUCGCCUAUGAUGCUUCCUCGGGCACUGCUCUAGCACAGUUCACAGGCAGCAGGUCCCCGCGUCGAGGUCUCACCAUUGUUGGGAGGCCUUACAUUGCUGCCUCACACGUAUCUCCCACCACUGGUUCUGGUUCAAUCCACCUUUACAACUGGUGUUCUUCAUCUGCCUUGCAUAACUUGCAAGUUCCGGAACCCGUUGCCCCCCUCGCCGCCAUGUCUGACGGGGCGUACCUCUUUGCCGGCGGCCUGUCAGGGAGUGUUCAUACAUUGUCCAUCCCGUCUGGGGAUGUGCUCAAGUCAUUGGCUGUGCAUAACAAACCCGUGUCCUGCCUCGGGAUCAGCCACGACGAGUCGCUCCUGAUUUCUGGCAGUGAUGAUGGAAGCAUUGUGGUUGUUCCCAUCUUCCAGCUUGUGGCGGCCUCAGGAUAUGUAUUAUACGAUAAUGUGGAAGACCUGGUGUUGCAUAGGUUUUCUGCUCAUUCGGAUUCGGUGACUGCCGUUGUUUCUGGUGUGGGAUUACACACCUCCCAAGUUAUUUCGUGCUCAUUGGAUGGCACAUGUAAAUUCUGGAGCCUCUUGCGCGCGGCGCUCCUGCGUACAGUUGUGUUUCCGUGCGCUAUUUUCGGUAUCGCAUUAAACCCAAGAGAACCCGAGUUCUAUGCUGCAGGAUCAGAUGGUUCAGUAUACAAAGGAUUAUGGAGAAGUGGAAGGAGGCAGCUUGUAAUGCAAGGCAAGGACUUGAUCACCUGGAGUCCGAAGCACGACGGGGGAGUUGUAUCUGUGGUGAUGGUGAAUGAGGGAAGGAAUUUGUUAUCAGCUUCGGAAGACGGGAGUGUCUGGGCUUGGCAAGUUGAUGCAGGACAGGUGGUUAUGGUUCUCGCUAACGAGAUGGGGAGCAUUAGUGAUCUGGUGGCAGCCACGGGCACAAACUACAGCAAAGGGCAUGAUUUCAGCGCGAGCAACAGGGGUUAUCGAAAUGGGAGUUGCGAGUUUGGGUUAACUGGAAAAGAACUGACGAGUAUGCCGAUAAAGAUGUUAAAAAUGGACGAGAUGUUGAAGGUGGCAGCAAGGGAUAGAAGCAGAGCGAUUGAUAUGCUCGAAUCUGCCAUCGGAAUGUAUGAGAGGCUCUUGGAACUCAUCCUCAAGGAAGCCAAGAAAAGUAGCAGCAACAACAAACAACGGUGAUGAAAAGGAUAAAAACAUCAUACACAAUUUCUAUAUGCAAAAAUGUGUUAUUCAGACAAAUGUACGUCUCUAUAUAAUACACACAGUGGUAAACAUUAGUUCUAUUUUCUCUUCGCCCUUCGCGUCCGCCUUCCUCAAGAAAAAAUAAAACAGAUGCAACGUUUUAGUGUUCGUUCAAAUGGGCACUAACACAGAAUUGCUAAUUUUACAUUCAUCAUAUAGCGUUCAUUAGAAUGAAAAUUCAUCAGAUACAGA